GAAUAUUUCAAACUGCGCGCUGCAAUGAUUGAGGAGCGGCGAAGCAAGGGUAUCAAUCCGUUCCCGCAUAAAUUCCACGUUUCAAUUGCGCUGGCCAAAUUCAUCGCGCAGUAUGAUUACCUCGAAAAAGACGUCAUCCUGGAAGAUGUGGUCCACAGUGUCGCCGGACGAAUUUUCUCAAAGCGUGAAGCGGGCGGAAAACUGAUUUUCUACGAUCUUCAUGGUGAAGGGACUCGCUUGCAAGUGCUUGCAAAUGCUCGGUGA